AUGGAAUAUGCACAAUUGGAGCCGGUGACUAUCCAGUUUCGGGCUUAUCAACAAGUACAAGACGAUCUCGCUAGCGCCCGCGAGAUGAGCAAAGACCCCGAUCCAGAGAUGCGGGCUAUGGCGCAAGAUGAAAUUAGUGCUAGCGAUGAACAAUUGGCGGAUUUAGAACGCAAACUGCAACUGUUACUGAUCCCCUCUGAUCCUCAUGACAACAGUAAUAUCUUUUUAGAAGUCCGUGCAGGCACGGGUGGUGAUGAGGCGGCGAUUUUCGCUGGGGAUUUAUUUCGUAUGUAUAGCCGCUAUGCCGAAAAUCAAAACUGGCGAGUGGAAAUCUUGAGCGAACACGAAGGCGAACAUGGUGGUUAUAAGGAAAUUAUCGCCAGGAUCAUAGGCCGUGGUGCUUAUUCCAAACUCAAAUUUGAGUCUGGCGCACAUCGAGUGCAACGAGUGCCAGAGACCGAAUCGCAAGGCCGUAUUCAUACUUCAGCAGCCACGGUGGCAAUCAUGCCAGAGAUUGAAGAAGUCGAGCAGGUCGAUAUUAAUACCGGUGAUUUACGCAUUGAUACUUACCGUGCUAGCGGUGCGGGCGGUCAGCAUGUGAAUAAGACCGAUUCGGCGAUUCGUAUUACGCACUUGCCGACGGGAAUUGUGGUGGAGUGUCAGGAUGAGCGUUCCCAGCAUAAAAACCGUGCGCGGGCGAUGUCGUUGUUGCAGGCGAAGUUAUUGACGGCUGAGCAAGAUAAGCAACAAGCCGAACAAGCUCAGGAACGACGUUCCUUGGUCGGUAGUGGUGAUCGCUCGGAACGCAUUCGUACUUAUAACUUUCCACAAGGCCGAGUGACGGAUCAUCGAAUUAAUCUGACACUUUAUAAGCUGGCGGAGGUUAUGGUUGGGGAUUUAGGGCCGAUUAUCGGGCCGUUGACUCAGGAGCAUCAGGCUGAUUUAUUGGGCGGGCUUGGGGACGAGGAUUGA